AUGGCUACACUUACUUCUCAUCCCGAGCCAACUCUGGUUGCAGCAUCGACCAACAUAGGCCACGCGCUCGUCUUCGAAAACGCCACUGAGCAGCGGGAGCCAAUUACCCUUCACGUCCGAGGCCGCAUUCCUCCCUGGCUGACAGGGUCACUCUAUCGCACGGGCCCAGGGACUUUCAGAGUAGCCUCUGGGUCCGCACGGGGCCAUUCCGUCAACAUCCGCCACUGGUUCGACGGCCUCGGCCUCACCCACCGCUUCGAAAUCAUGCCAGACGGCUCUGUGCAAUAUCGCAAUCACUCUACCGCGGAGGGCCUCCAGUCCCGCAUUUCCAGGGCUGGUACCAUUCCAACCGUAACGUUCGGUGUGCAGGACCCGUGCGAGACGCUCUUCUCCAAGUUCUUUACCUUGUUUAAACCCAACACGGAGGCGCCGCGUCGGGCAGGGAAGUGCGCCCCAGACGAGGCAAACAUUUCCGUCACUCUGACGCCAAACAUGCCCGGGAUUGCCGCGCAUCAUUCCGCGUCCACCACCCCAAGCCUGAGGAACCUGGUAGCCAAGAGCGACCAGAAUGCGCUUCAGAUUCUCCAUCCCGAGACGCUGGAUCCGCUGCGCGUCAUGACUUACACUCAGCUCGACCCGCGUCUCGACGGGCAGAUUAGUGCCGCACAUUCUUGCCACGACCCGACAACUGGGGAAUUCUUCAACUUCACGCUGAAGUUGGGUCCCUCGCCGACUUACAAGGUCUUCAGGAUUCGCCCAGAGGACGGCAAGCCGCCUCAGACCAAAGGUCACACCGUCGAUAUUCUGGCAGAGAUCCGUGACGCUCCAGCUGCAUACUUGCAUUCGUUUGCGAUGACGCAGAAGUACGUGGUGUUGUGUGUCUGGCAAGCCGACUUUUCAUGCUACGGCGUAUCUGUUGGACUGAACCGAAAUUUGGCGGGAUCGUUCAAAAAAUGGGAUCCGAAAAGAGAUACACUCUUCUAUGUCAUUGACCGGAACGAUGGCGGAGUUGUGGCGAAGUUUAAUGCUCCCCCUUUCUUCAACUUCCACAAGCUCAACUCCUACGACUCCGGCGCUGACGACAUAGUUAUUGAUCUUGCUGUCUACGAUAAUCACUCCGUGAUCGACCUUCUCUAUCUCGACAAUCUGAGGAACCUUGAUGAGAACAUUUAUGCGCGGCUGACCCGUGCACGGCGUUAUGUGCUAAAGGACGUUGGCCAAAACAAGGGACAUAUUCGCCCGGCCGAGAUCGAGUUUACGUUGGCACAUGAACUCAAUAUUGAGUUGCCGACGAUUCAUCCAGCGUUGUACUACAAGCCGUAUCGCUACGCUUACGGAAUCAACAAAGCAGACCCGACGGUGCAGUCUUUCGCGGACAGGAUCAUCAAACUGGACAUGUUCGAUCUCACUGCUAAGCCGAAGCUCUGGGGCGCACCUGGAUAUGUCCCCGGAGAGCCGAUCUUCAUUCCGCGUCCAGGCUCUAAUCCGCGCGGUGGGGAGGACGAAGGUGUUGUUCUCAGCGUUGUUCUGGACGCCGACGCGCAGAAGAGCAUGCUGGUGAUAUUGAACGCGAAAGAUCUGAAGGAGGAGGCUCGGGCUGAGAUGCAGACGCAUGUGCCCAUGGGAUUCCAUGGUGCCUGGGUUAAGCGUGCUAAGUAG